CUCCCGCGGUUGAACCAAAUCAGAACUGUCACUCAGGGCCUGUGAGUCAGAAGGGAUCGGAUUACACGAUCCCUGAAACUGAUGCCGGAGCUGCACGAGCGGGAGGGAGCGGGCUGGGGCAGCGCCACCGGCGCGCUCGCACACUCGCACUCGCGCACACUCGUCGCUCCCACUCGCUGGCGCCGCUCGCCAGCCCUCCCUGAGCGCCCCGCGGCUGCCCGCGUCGCAACAUGCCCGCUGCGGGCGCCACCCGCUUGCGGUAGCCCGAGCCACCCGCGACCGCGCGGAGCCGGGAGCCGUCCGCUCGCUCCCCGGACGUGGGUCUAUGGGAAGUUCGGGGACUUGACAGUCGCCGCCACCGCAGGCGUUCCUCCUAGAAGACAGCUGAAGUAAUGAGAAGACAUCAUGGAGGCCCAGUCCCACAGCUCCACGAACACUGAGAAGAAGAAAGUCGAGAAUUCCAUCGUGAAAUGCUCCACUCGAACAGAUGUCAGCGAGAAAGCCGUGGCCUCCAGCACCACUUCCAAUGAGGAUGAAAGUCCUGGACAGAUCUAUCACCGAGAGAGAAGAAACGCCAUCACUAUGCAGCCACAGAGUGUGCAGGGGCUCAGCAAAAUCAGUGAGGAGCCUUCAACGUCUAGUGACGAGAGGGCCUCAUUGAUCAAGAAGGAGAUCCAUGGAUCCCUACCACACUUGGCGGAGCCCUCGGUACCUUACCGUGGGACGGUGUUUGCCAUGGACCCCAGGAAUGGUUAUAUGGAGCCCCACUAUCAUCCUCCUCAUCUUUUUCCUGCCUUCCACCCUCCUGUGCCAAUUGAUGCCAGACAUCAUGAGGGCCGUUACCAUUAUGAUCCGUCUCCUAUUCCUCCAUUGCAUGUGCCUUCUGCCUUAUCUAGUAGCCCGACGUAUUCAGACCUGCCCUUCAUUAGGAUCUCCCCGCAUCGGAACCCUGCUGCAGCUUCUGAGUCUCCCUUCAGCCCUCCACACCCCUAUAUUAAUCCUUACAUGGACUACAUCCGAUCCCUGCACAGCAGCCCAUCCCUGUCCAUGAUCUCAGCAGCCCGGGGGCUGAGCCCUACAGAUGCCCCCCAUGCUGGAGUCAGCCCUGCGGAGUACUAUCACCAGAUGGCCCUGCUGGCCGGCCAGCGCAGCCCCUAUGCUGACAUCCUCCCCUCUGCUGCCACUGCUGGUGCAGGGGCCAUCCACAUGGAAUAUCUUCAUGCCAUGGAUAGCACCAGAUUCCCCAGCCCCAGGCUGUCAGCCAGGCCGAGCCGAAAACGCACCCUGUCCAUAUCACCACUGUCCGAUCAUAGCUUUGACCUUCAGACCAUGAUAAGGACAUCUCCCAACUCCCUGGUCACAAUUCUCAAUAAUUCCCGUAGCAGCUCUUCAGCCAGUGGCUCCUAUGGUCACUUAUCUGCAAGUGCAAUCAGUCCCGCCUUGAGCUUCACCUACCCGUCUGCACCCGUCUCUCUCCAUAUGCAUCAACAGAUCUUAAGUCGACAGCAAAGCUUAGGCUCUGCCUUUGGACACAGCCCUCCACUCAUUCACCCCGCCCCAACUUUUCCAACACAGAGGCCUAUUCCAGGGAUCCCUACAGUUCUUAACCCAGUCCAGGUCAGCUCCGGCCCUUCUGAGUCCUCACAGCAGAACAAGCCCACAAGUGAGUCUGCAGUGAGCAGCACCGGCGACCCGAUGCACAAUAAACGGUCCAAGAUCAAACCUGACGAAGACCUCCCCAGCCCAGGGGCGCGGGGGCAGCAGGAACAGCCAGAAGGAACAACGCUAGUCAAGGAGGAAGGGGACAAAGAUGAGAGCAAACAGGAGCCUGAAGUCAUCUAUGAGACCAACUGCCACUGGGAAGGCUGCACAAGGGAGUUUGACACCCAGGAUCAACUUGUGCACCAUAUCAAUAAUGACCAUAUUCAUGGAGAGAAAAAGGAGUUUGUGUGCCGGUGGCUUGACUGCUCAAGGGAACAGAAACCCUUCAAAGCCCAGUACAUGUUGGUAGUGCAUAUGAGGAGACACACGGGCGAGAAGCCUCACAAAUGCACUUUUGAAGGUUGCACAAAGGCCUACUCGAGACUAGAAAACUUGAAAACGCACUUGAGAUCUCACACUGGAGAGAAACCAUACGUCUGUGAGCAUGAAGGCUGCAACAAGGCCUUCUCAAAUGCCUCUGAUCGCGCCAAGCACCAAAACAGAACACAUUCCAAUGAGAAACCUUAUGUCUGCAAAAUCCCAGGCUGCACUAAACGUUACACAGACCCAAGUUCCCUUCGGAAACACGUGAAGACUGUGCAUGGCCCUGAGGCUCAUGUCACCAAGAAGCAGCGUGGGGACAUGCAUCCUCGGCCCCCGCCUCCAAGAGAUUCUGGCAGUCAUUCACAGUCCAGGUCACCUGGCCGGCCGACUCAGGGAGCCCUUGGGGAGCAGAAGGACCUCAGCAACACUACCUCAAAGCGGGAGGAGUGCCUCCAGGUGAAGACGGUCAAGGCCGAGAAACCCAUGACAUCUCAGCCAAGCCCUGGUGGUCAGUCUUCAUGCAGCAGCCAACAGUCCCCCAUCAGCAACUAUUCCAACAGUGGGCUCGAGCUUCCUCUGACCGAUGGAGGUAGUGUAGCAGACCUCAGUGCCAUCGAUGAAACCCCAGUCAUGGACUCGACCAUUUCCACUGCAACCACAGCCCUUGCUUUGCAAGCCAGGAGGAACCCUGCAGGGACCAAAUGGAUGGAGCACGUAAAACUAGAAAGGCUAAAACAAGUGAAUGGAAUGCUUCCUCGACUGAACCCCAUUCUACCCCCCAAAGCCCCUGCGGUCUCUCCUCUCAUAGGAAAUGGCACACAGUCCAGUAACAACUGCAGUUCGGGCGGGCCCAUGACUCUUCUUCCGAACAGAAGUGAGCUCUCCGGGGUGGACCUCACCAUGCUGAACAUGCUCAACAGGAGGGACAGCAGCACCAGCACCAUCAGUUCUGCCUACCUGAGCAGCCGCCGCUCCUCGGGCAUCUCGCCCUGCUUCUCCAGCCGCAGGUCCAGCGAGGCAUCACAGGCCGAGGGACGGCCCCAGAACGUGAGCGUUGCGGACUCCUACGACCCCAUCUCCACGGACGCCUCACGCAGGUCCAGCGAGGCCAGCCAGGGUGACGGGCUGCCCAGCCUGCUCAGCCUCACUCCUGCCCAGCAGUAUCGCCUAAAGGCCAAGUACGCUGCUGCCACGGGAGGGCCACCACCCACGCCCCUGCCGCACAUGGAGAGGCUGAGCCUGAAGACCAGGAUGGCCCUACUAGGGGACAGCAAGGAGACCGGCGUGACGCUGCCUCCUGUCCACCCUCCGCGGAGAUGCAGCGACGGGGGUGCCCACAGCUACGGCCGCCGCCAUUUGCUGCCUCAUGAUGCACUGGGGAAUGGCGUGAGGAGAGCCAGCGACCCUGUGCGGACCGUGUCGGAGAACCUGACCCUACCCAGGGUUCAGCGUUUCAGCAGCCUCAACAGCUUCAAUCCUCCGGGUUUGCCUCCAUCUGUGGAAAAGCGAAACUUAGUGCUUCAGAAUUACACCCGGCCUGAGGGCAGCCAGCCCCGUCACUUCCAUACGUCCCCCUGUCCUCCCAGCAUCACCGAGAAUGUUACCCUGGAGUCCCUGACCAUGGACGCCGAUGCCAACUUGAACGACGAGGACUUCUUACCGGAUGACGUGGUGCAGUAUUUAAAUUCCCAGAACCAAGCAGGGUAUGGGCAGCACUUGCAGAGUGCCAUCUCAGACGACAGCAAGGUAUCCCAUGGGCCCAGCGACUUUGACCCACCUGGGCUGCCAGACAGCCACAUUGGCCAGCAAUACCAUUCCCUGGAGCAGCCUUGCACGGAAGGCAGCAAAACCGAUUUACCUAUUCAGUGGAAUGAAGUCAGCUCUGGAAGUGCAGACCUGUCCUCCUCCAAGCUAAAAUGUGGCCAGCAGUCCAGGAUGCAGCAGGCCCGAGCUUUUGGGUUAUAUAACAACAUGGUGGUCCACCCCCAGAAUCCAUGGAGGGGUGAGAACAGCCCUGCAGGGGGAUAUCAGACCCUGGGGGAGAAUGGCAGCUCCUACAGUGGCCCAGAGCAUUUGGUGAUACACAGUGGCAGGGGCACUGGCAUGAAUGGAAAUGCCUUCCAUGAACAGUCCUAUAAAGCCCAGCAGUAUGGGAGCUGUCUCAACAGGCAGCCAGUGGCCCCUAGUGCUCUAGACAGUACCUGCAGUGCUGGGAUACAAGGUUCGAAGCUGAAAAGCACCACCAUGCAAGGGAAUGGGGGUCCGCUGGAUUUUGGCCUGUCUGCGGCACCAAAUGAGUCAGCUGGCAGCACAGUGAAUGGCAUGCAGACCCAAGACCCAAUAGGACAGGGGUAUCUCCCUCACCAGCUACUCAGCGACAGCAUGCAGCAUCAGGGGGCAGGCCGCCCCAGUCAGCAGAUGCUAGGACAGGUUAGUGCUACCUCACACAUCAACGUCUAUCAAGGGCCAGAGAGCUGCCUACCUGGGACUCACAGCAUCAGCAGCCAACCAUCAAGCUUGGCAGUUGUCAGGGGCUACCAGCCAUGUGCCAGCUAUGGGGGCAGCAGGCGCCAGGCUAUGCCGAGGGGCGGCCUCACUCUGCAGCAAGGACAGCUCAGUGACACAAAUCAAGCCUGCAGGGUGAAUGGCAUCAAGAUGGAGAUGCAAGGACAGCCCCAGCAGCUCUGUUCUAAUAUGCAGAAUUACUCUGGUCAGUUCUAUGACCAAACCAUGGGCUUCAGUCAGCAAGACACGAAAGCCGGUUCAUUUUCCAUUUCAGCUGCCAACUGCCUGCUACAGGGAGCCGGCGCCGAAAACUCUGAAUUACUUUCCCCAGGUGCUAACCAGGUGACAAGCACAGUUGACAGCCUCGACAGCCAUGACCUAGAAGGGGUGCAGAUUGAUUUUGAUGCCAUUAUAGAUGAUGGGGACCACUCCAGCCUGAUGUCAGGGGCCCUGAGCCCAAGUAUCAUUCAGAACCUUUCCCAUAGUUCCUCCCGCCUCACCACACCAAGAGCGUCCCUCCCAUUCCCAGCCCUAUCUGUGAGCACCACCAACAUGGCUAUCGGGGACAUGAGUUCUUUGCUGACCUCCCUCGCGGAAGAAAGCAAAUUCCUUGCAGUUAUGCAAUAGGCGUUAGCAAGAAAGACUGCAAACAGACGUAAAACUUUAGGAGUUGAAAGAUUAAAUUGACUCCAUUUUUGGCUGGUUUGUUUUUUUAGUUCUGUAUGUAUUUUAGCAAUCUCAUCUCAUCAAACUGGGAUGUGUUUCAAGUAUAUUCCUUUUAUGGAAAAGGACUCUGAAAAACCCUAAGGUAUUCUAGGGAGAAACUGUCUUCCAUUUCAGUUUUGAAUCAGUAUUGUUACACUCAAACCACCCUCUUCUUUUUUUUUUUAACUGUAAGCCCGCCCCCUUUUUUAGUAAACCAAUGUAAAUGUGUGAUGUGCAUGUUCCUUCUUUUAGAAGAGAAGUCAAGUUAAAGGAUUUGACAUGUUUCUCUGUUACUCCAAGGAAAACGGAGUUAGUAUGCUUGUGACCGAAGGGGUUACAUGUCCAGUUUUCUUUCUUCCUUUUUUUUUCUUCUUUCUUACAUAUGCUCAAUGUUUUGUUUUUGUUUUCUAUUUUUUAAUUCCCACAUUGGGCACAAGAAUCAGAAUAUGGAUAGUGAGUUUAAGAAUCUUCCAUGGGUGCACUGUAGCAUAGAUAGCAGAUUUUGACAUGCUCCCAAACCCUAAUCCAAUUCAGGGCAUACUUUUGAAAGCUACACAGAAGUGGAGACCUGGGGCUCUUGCAAAUGAAAAUAGUUUGCUCACAGUUUGGGUUUUCAAUUCUUCCUAUCCAUAAGCGUGUUUGGGGUGGGUAUUUCUAUAUGGUCAGUUCUCAGUUAUCUUAUUUGCCUUCCCUCUCUAUCUUCAGGAGCAUUCAGCACUGUUUAAUGCUGCAGGGAGAGAGAGAGGACAGGCAGUUGGUGACACUCAGACAUGCUGCUACUUUUAUUUGUUCUAGUAAGAAGUUAGGUAGAUUCUAGAUUGAAGCAAUUGGGUAGAAUUAGUUUGGGGAAUACUGCUGGGCUUGCUAUAUUUGUUGAUUAGAUCCCAUCUCUUUCUCCAUUGACAUAGAUAACUGAGAAUUGAUGUUCAUAGUUCUAAGUAUAUAGGUUUUUAAACAACCCCACAACUGGCUAUACCAUUAACAUUUAUUAAUUCCACUAUAGGAUUUCUAUUCUAUGUGCCCUAUUGAAAGGGAUUUGUAAAAUUUAGUUGUAAAAGGAAAAGCUCACAUACAUUGAUAUUGGGAAUAAAUUGCUUCAACCAUUUGUAGCAUUUGAGAACAUAAAAGAAGAUACUUAAUAGCUGUGUGUGGAUACCGUUGUUCUUAUUCUCUCUGUCCAGUGCAGCAUCCAUUUAAGAAGUUAAAUGUUAUAUACCAUUAGUCCUUAUUAUGGACUAGUAUCUUUUCUUCUGUUUUGGAUUAAAACAUAUAAAGAUUUAAAAAGUGCAGCUACUCCCCAUGUGCAAUUGAUACACAUAAAAGUCAUACUGUGUGUGCAAAAAGAGUACAUGGAUUAUUCAGCAUAUUGCUUUUAAAAAUAUGUAAUUAUUAAAAAUAUUAACACCUCAAGCAACCUGCUGUAUUCUGUCCCCUAUUAGCCCCUGGAGUUGGAUUUAUCCAAAGUGAUUCACUCUUCAAUUGUGUGGCUUUGUCCCUUAAUUUGUACCUUUUAAAUUAAUAGAAAGACAACAAUCAAGUAAAACAAAGUGAUAAAUAAUAGAAAGAAUGUUAGGACCUGCCUUUAUAUAUAUAAAUACAUUUAUUUUCUGUUACUUGGACCAAGAAUCUCAGCACAGAGGUAAAUUUGCCAUUUAAGAUUUUGUGGCUAAGACUAUUGGGUUUGCUUUCAACUAGAUGUUCCUGAGACUUAGCAGAGUAAUAGUGGCAAAUCUUCCUUCAUGUCCUACUGUCCUUCCACAAGUAGCCCCUCCUUUUAAAUCAAAGGAUAUCUCCCAUUUGGAACAGCCCAUAAGCAAAAGAGAACUGAUCUGAGCUCAGGACAGUAGAGUUUCUAUAACUUUUCAGCUGAAAAGCAAGGUUUUUCUCUAUUCCUCAGACAGGUCACCUUCUUAUUACAAAAUCAAUGAUCUGUUCCCUGAAUCUCAUUUUUCCGCAAACCUUACAGUCUCCAGGAACUAGGUUUAUCUUGAAUGCUGCUAUGGUUUGGCCCCAUCUGUUCCCUAUUCCUGAGCAAGGAGACUGGAUCCUGCCAUACUGCUCUCUCUCCAGCAGACUUCUUUCCUGGUAGUAUUCUUGCAGGGGACCUGCAUUACCAUAAUCCUUCUUGGAAGGAUGGACAGCAGUGGGGACCAGGACUAUCAUCAUCCUAAUCUUCUGCUUUUCCCUCUGGUUUCAUGUUACUCUCUGAUUUUCCUCCUUUAAGUUUUCUUUUCUGUCCUUGUUUUCCUUGCUGUGGCUUUGAACUUGCAGGAGACACAUGUUUCAACUUAAUAUUUGGCCUCUCUCUAUAUAUGGAAAUCUUCAGAAAGGAGGGAAGAAGAAAGUGCUUUCCCAGGAUUUUGAUGAUCUGUAGUGACAGUCAAAUGGAAGGAAGGUCUUGUAAGAUCACUUAGAAGUAUCCUAUGGGGACAAGGGAUUUCUGCAGACUUGUUAUCUCAUAUCGAAGGACCACCCACAACCUCCAACCUUCUUUCCAUUUCUCUGACCUGUGCAUCUAGAAAGAUAGCACUUACUCAUUAAUGUCACCAUUUACUCUUUAAUAAAAAAUGCAGGCCCAUACAAUCUGCAUUAAACAUGUUUUUAUUUUUCAAGCCAUUUUUACUGUCUAAAGAACAAAUUAAACCACCCCUGUGCUCCUCACACAUUGCUCAUCCUCUUGAGCCACAAAGUUUUGAUUCUUGCGAUGUAUGUGCCUUAUUUUAUGUUGAUCUUGUCAAUGAGAGGGACCAGUUGGUGUGGCCCAAUCAGCGCGCCAAGGCUGUUUGCUCAGUGAGCCCGCAGGCAAGCAAGCAACUGUUGCAGAGUCUAAGCUUUCUUGUAACCUGGUUUCCUGUGUUGUUUUGAACUGAUAGGAGGAUGUUCUCGUCUGACAAGUUACCCUUGUGUAUCCUGCAAAUGUGUAAGAUAAAAUACAAGUUCGUUUUUUUCACCUUUUUUAGAUUUUUAAAAAAUAAAAUGUGUAAUCCUUUUUAAAAAGAAACACAUGUAAAUACAUUUAAGUAUUGUAGGCAAAGUGUUCGAAUGUGACCGGCCCCGGCCUUCCCUGGAAAAGCCUGCAGCCGCUCCAUGCUCCGCACCCACCUGGAGCCCAGAGCACCACAGCCCAGACACAGAUGAACUCUACCUUGACUUUCAGAACCACUUAGUCCUUUUGUAACAAAGAAAAAAAAAAUGUUUCUUACAAUGUCAAUAAAAAACUCUUUGUACUGAA